UUCUCUCUCUUUCUCUCUCUCUAAAUCCUGCGAGUAAGAGAGAAGGAAAGAGAGAGAGAGAGAGAGGCUACAGGAGAAAAGGUGAGGUUUAGGAAUGGGAAACUGCGUAUCUCCCAGUCCAGGACGCUUGAUGACGAAGAGCACCAGCAGCAGCACCUUCGGGCGGUCCACGGGCAGCGGCAUAAGCAUCGACGAGGUGUACCCAGAGGGCCGCAUACUGGAGGUGCCAAACCUUCGGAUAUUUACAUUUGCUGAACUGAAGACUGCCACCAGGAAUUUUAGGCCUGACACCAUCCUUGGGGAAGGAGGAUUUGGGAGCGUUUAUAAGGGAUGGCUUGAUGAGAAGGCUCUCAAUCCCUCCAAGAGUAUGGCUGGGAUGGUGGUCGCCGUUAAGAAACUAAAUCCUGAGAGCAUGCAAGGAUUGGAGCAAUGGCAGUCUGAAGUGAAUUUCUUGGGAAGGCUUUCACAUCCCAACCUCGUCAGACUCUUGGGUUAUUGCUGGGAGGAUACAGAACUUCUCCUUGUCUACGAAUUCAUGGCAAAGGGGAGCUUAGAAAAUCACCUCUUCAGAAAAGGGGCAGGUCUCCAGCCACUGUCAUGGAGACUAAGGUUGAAGAUAGCCAUAGGUGCUGCUCGUGGUCUUGCAUUCUUGCAUACAUCAGAGAAAAAAGUCAUCUACAGAGAUUUUAAGGCUUCCAACAUCCUACUGGACUCAAACUACAAUGCAAAACUCUCUGACUUUGGGCUGGCAAAGAAUGGACCAACUGGUGGAGAGUCCCAUGUCUCGACGCGAGUCAUGGGAACUUUCGGUUAUGCAGCUCCGGAGUACGUGGCUACUGGCCAUCUAUAUGUGAAGAGUGAUGUAUAUGGAUUUGGAGUAGUGCUUCUGGAGAUGCUCUCCGGUCAGCGGGCGCUCGAUACAAACCGACCAAGUGGUAAGCACAGCUUAGUAGACUGGGCUAAACCAUUCCUAUUGGACAGGAGAAAGCUGGCAAUGUUAAUGGAUUCACAGCUUGACGGGCAGUAUUCAUCUAAAGCUGCUCAUCAGGCAGCCAAACUCACUCUAAGGUGUCUUGCUGGUGAACCUAAAAACCGUCCAUCUAUGAAGGAAGUUGUGGAGACUCUUGAGCAUAUAGAGGCCAUGAAAACCAGAACAAAGGAGUCUAAAGAUCUGCCGUCCCAGCGCACCCCGGUGCAAUGCUCGCCAAUUCAUCCAAGGCAUGAGGGUGCUGGCUCGAGUUCUCGAGCCAAUCAUUACCAAUCUCCUCGAUGAAGAUGAUGAAAUAAGCGCUGAUUCGAUCGGUUGUGCUUGUAGAUCAAGCGCCAUUUUUGUUGUCUGUAACCUUAGCAGUCGAUUUCAUUUUUUACAGUCUUAGCUCUUAGGUGUUCUAGGGGCUCAAGGAUGUGCAAGCAAUUUGUGUUGGAGUAAAGAUGACAUCACAAGCCCUGUCUUGGUUAGUUGUACUUGGAGAACAAGCCCACUUUUGUUCCAUGUAACCUAACUGUUGUUAUUUUUAUAGUUCAAAGUUCUAUGAAGGGCUAUAUGGCUUCAAGAAA